CCUUCUAGCUAGGGAAUACAUGUACGUACAUGUACUUGCAGAGACGUGCUAUCCGGGCAUCUAGACUCCCACGCACGGCCCACUUACGUAAUACAGAGACUCGUGGGGUGCCAACAACCCAAAAUGGCCGAGAAGACUCACGUAAAUCUUGUAGUAGUUUGUGCUUUGGGAUUGGAGUUAGAGGCAACCAAAGGACUAAUCGAGUACCAGACCGGCAGCAAGUUUAUGGGGAAGGAUGAAUAUCCCCCCGGCGUUGUAGUGUGCGAAUGGCAAUGGAAUUCUACUUCUUUCACAGUGGCUCUAGCCUCACAGGCAGAUACUGGUGGUAGCGAAUGUCAAGUGCUAGUAAGCAAGCUGGCAGAGUACUUCACUGCGAAUGCUGUCGUGAUGACGGGUAUCUGCGCUGGAGACGAGAAAAAGCUGAGCCUGGGCAGCGUUGUAGUCGCCAAAGAAACAAUCUGGUUCGAGGGAGGGAAAGAGUUAGCUAGCGGUGUUACGCGGGUUAACGCAAAACAUUGUUUACUCCAGGUCUUGCCCGAUUGCAUGAAGACGAUUCUAGGUGAGGCUGUUAGUUCAGCCAGUGCAAAUCCACAAGUUUGGCUAGAUUAUGUUCCUCAAGAGUCUCGAUGUGAUAGCCCUCGUCUGGUGCGACAAUACAUUCUCCAAUGCCUAGAAGAAAACCCAAAAGGUCUGACGGCUAAGAAGCUUAUCGAUAGCGUGACGGAACAGCUAUCUGGCGUCACUAGAAAUGCAUGCGAGGAAGUUCUACAAGUUAUGCAAAAGGAUGAACAUCCUUGCAUUAAACAAAACGAUGUCUUUUGUCUCACUGAUGAAGGUAAAGGUUACAUUACAAGGCACCCGAACUUUCUAGCUGCUGAUGAAAUUACUGCUGUUUUCGAGCCUAUGCUAACUCUUGUGAACGUUACAGAAAACUUGCAGACUAGUCUGCAAUUAGCACGGGAAUCAGGGACUCGGAAAACGAUAGCGGCUGAUAUGGAGUCAUACCACUUUAUGAGACAGGCAAACAGUAGUUUUGGUGGAGCUAAGGUGAUGGUCAUGAAAGCUGUUUCUGAUUGGGGUUCAAAGAGUUCCAAAGUUGACUAUUAUCAAUCAUACGCUGCUUCUCUAUCAGUCGCCUUUCUCUGGCAUCUUAUAAAUACAAAAAAAUUUCUCUUUGAGAAACAACCGAGUCAAGCUACUCCUGUGUCAACAUCUCAACAGCCGAGUCAAGCCAGUCUUCUGUCAACAUCUCAAAGUGACAGAGCACCACCACCACUGGUACCUGAGCAUGCAUUUCGUGAUUCACAAGGUACAUCAAUGAGUGAGGAUGAACGUUUUGUGUCUCGUGUUGUGUGUGCCAUCCAGCAUGUCAGCUCCACCAGGUGGUAUGCCAUCGGUUCUGCUUGUGGCAGAACGCCUGAUCAACUCGUGUCUGUCAGUUCCUACCCACACGACUGUGAUAAAGUGAAGGUUCUCUUUGAUCAGUUAGCACAGGAACUGGGAAGGAAGCCAGCUGCAGAAAAGAUGCUAGAGGCUUGUCGCUCAAUUACCAAUCCUACAUACAAUGGCGUGCUCGAAGAGAUGAAGAAAUGAAAUUUUGCUAUGUGUUGCGGUUGGGUUGUAUUGUUUGAUGUUGAUUGUAAUAUUUAGUAUUGUUCAUUUGUAUUGUCAUCGUAUAUGAACCGGUCGUGUAUUGUUUGAAUGUCGAGUAAUUAAAAUGUGUUGCUAUUGCAAGACCUAUCAAUAUUGUACAUUUGAAUGAGGAGUGUUGUAAAGUCUCGUCUACUAGUAGAGCAUUAGCUAGAA